UCGGAUGUCGGUCUGUCGGAUGUUGUCAGAUGUUAGUUCGAUGUGUUUUAAUAAUUGACGGGCAUCAAGGAUCGUGUACAUUUAUUUAGUGAGAUAGACAUUUGUCGGUACAUUGAAAAUUAAUCGCGCGAUCAGUAAUUAAUCUCGCUAGACGCACUUCGAUAUGGAGAAGCUCGAUGAUAAAAACGAAGACCGCGAGACCGUGACGCUGAUUCUCGAGAAGAACCGAUUCGAGGUUGACAAGCAAAACCUGAUGAAGAAAAGUCGUUAUUUUGCCGCACUUCUGUCGUCGAAUUACGUGGAAUGUCAUAAGUCGGAACAUGUGAUUAAUUACGAGAUUCCUUUAUUGCCUUUUCAGAACUUUAUUAACUGGAUGCACGGUGAAAAAAUUGAGAAUUUGGUCGACCACACUAAGAAGAUCGAUUACGUUCUGACUUUACUGGAAUUGAGCGUCUUAUUUGCAGUGGAUGAGCUAACAGAUAAUAUAAUUGAGGAGAUUGAGGAGCACUACUUAUUACCGGACUGCGUAAUCGAUAUUUGGCUAUUCGCACAGGAAUUGAGCCUCACUGUACUGCAGGAUCUUUGUUUGGCAACUUGCUUAGAUCGUUUUGCUGAACUGCCACAUAAAGCCAUUCACAAACUGCCAAAGGACAACUUUUUGGAACUAGUCAAUAACGUUAACUUAAGAUGCAGCGAUUCUGAAUUUGAAGACGUUGUGUACACUUGGACAAAAAGUCAUCAAGACAAGGACACGCUUCCAGAAAGUUCAAAGCAGCCAAAAAUGUCGUACGGUAUUGUAUCCAGUGAGAGCUUUCACAUUACUAACGAACUUUAUCUUCACCGCUGGGAUGGUAAUAGGUUCUUUGAACUCGAUACGUUUAGGUUCCCCAAAGAUUUUCCCCAGGGCAAAACCGACAAGGACCCGAUAUUAGGAAUGCAAAUUAUUGGCAGAGGAUGCUAUCUGUACUUCAUCGGUGGAGAAUUCACUAUCGGAUCGGGAAAAUUCAAUACGAAGGUCUGGCGUUACUCCCUGAUAACCAGAAAGUGGUUUUGUUACGCAGUCAUGCCGUCCGUACGGAGACACAUGAUUGCGGCGUUCGUGGGGAGCAAGUUGCUGCUCGUGGGCGGCGUAGGACGGUAUCGAGCGAAACUCAGCAGCGUCGAUGUCUACGAUGUGCACACAGGCAAGUGGAGUCGAGGCGUGGAGAUGCCUGUUACCACAUUCACCAGUGUUCCUGAACAUUAUGUGUUCCACAAGAAAUUAAUCCUAUACAAUGAUCUGGGAUUCAUAAACCUCUACUGUCCUUACAAGAACGUGUGGACCGCAUUGUGCUUCUCUCAGAUAGAUAUGUUCAUUCGCCAUGUGCCAAUACUACCGCUUCGGGGUUCUGCAUGUUACAUUGACGUCAAGUCAGGCGAGAUCACCUUUAAGAGCCUGGUGAAGCUGAGCCACGAGGACCGUGACAAUUUUACGACGUGCGAUGGGAUUUACUCGAAGAUCGAAAUAAUCAGCCGGAUUGUGGAUGACCACAAUCCAUGCAUGAUGUUUCUCUCUGCAAAGAUACUCGUCAAUGAAUCGGAAAUAAUUAAUCUCGUGUUGUGUUCGGAUCCUGGUCUUAUACCUCUCAAAUCCCGCGGUCACCGAUACUACUUGUACAGCUCGCCCAUACGGGACUCAAGGAAGUUCAGUUCACUCCUCGUACAGAAUACGGCCAGAAGACUUUUCCCUCUGAUCAAUCCAGCCGAUUUGCACGCUCAGAGGACAACUUGUACUUGAGUUUUCGUACAAAUAAACUACAAUGAACGAAUGUGCGAGAGCGAAAACGCAAAAGUGGCAAUCGAGAGAGAGGCGAACGUGCGGUAUUGCUGAAGCGCUGCGAAGAAAGAAUCGUUUGUGCAUUUACACGAUUUAAUACGAAAUCGGUCUUACUCUUUUUGUUCCAUGUGACAUCCUUCGUCGAUCUCGCGAAUUGCCAUACCACUAGAAUUAUUGUAAAUAUCGUACGUCAUAUACAUACUGUGAUUGUGUAUGCUUCACUUUCUAUUUAGGUCUACAUAAAGUUAUAUGUAAGCUUCUUUGUACAAAGCAUCACGCUACAUGAGCACUUUUCAUUGUCCAUGACUUUUAUACGAACAUUUACAUUAAAGUUUUUAUUGCGAGCGUA